CCCAUUGAGGGGGUGGAGAGCUACACACAGCCGCUCAUAAUUAACUGCGACCAACAAAAAGCCGGAGCUGUUGUGAACACAGCAGCAUACAGUGACAGUGGAGACCCAGGAUAACAGUCUGCAAUAGUGUGGUGUACAGAACCUCGAGAUUCUUUGUUUGUUCGGACCAUUUCUCAAACGACAGGUAGCCAUGGAUAUCAACGUGACCGCGGUCCUCAGUAUGUUCCUGUCCCUCCUUCUCAUCAUGCCCGCCCUCUCCAUACCUCUAGACAGCCAGGAAACACAGGAACACCUUGAGGAGAAAAGACCGAAAUACAUGGACACAAGGGAGUUGGGCGACAUGAUGCAAGAGCUUGUCUACAAUGCCUUAAAAGAACUUGUCAGUAAAGGGAAGGUGAACGAGGAAGUGUUCCCAACGCCAGAAGGGUUCGUAGAGAAGAGCGAGGCACCCUCCGAAACAAACAGCGUUGACAAGAGGAGGCGCCAUCUGUCGUACUGUCUCAGAAGGAGUGGACCAAACUUUGUGCCCUACCCAUGUUAUAAGUAUGGAGGCCGACGAUAAACAACAUCGACAGUGACCAAGCCAUUCAAAAUGAUCCCGUGAUCAUAAACAGAAAAACCAUCAGCUACAUAUCAGAUUUUACGUCAUUUUGUCGUGUUGUCAUGGAUACCUGGAUACAAGGUUCGCUUUUCGUAGCAGCCAUUUUGGAGGAGAAGACCAAGUUUACUUUGACAUUUGACCUUCUGAAAUCUACAUCGUCUGCUAUGUUUAAUUGAUAUUGUCCUUUAUCAUGUGUUUUUGGUAUGAUCCGUAUGUUGUAUAUAAACAAAUGAUAUAAAGGUUGUGAUAAUAGGAUGGUAUAAUAUACCACACUAAAGGGACAGAGGAGAUAAUCGGGGAUUUCUGAACACCUCUUUGGAACGAAAGUGUAACCGAACACGUGGCACCCCGUACAGAGCCUCCCAGCACUGAUUUAUACUUAUCUUCGGCUAAUAAACCUAUAGCAAAGUUUUGGAAGAUGUACCUGGAGCACUAGUUUGUCAGUUUCAUUUUUUCAGUUCGGGAUUUCAAGCGUUUUGAUCCGUUAAAAUGUACAAGUGAAGCUUAACAACCGAUACCUAUAGAUGUCUCCAAUACAACAGUCCUAAUCUUAUAAACAACAACCAGCAGGCUGGGCGAUAGAAGUGCAAUACAGUCCCGUAGAUCCCUCAUUGUCUUACUAGUUAUUAUAUAUGUUACUGCUGUUAGAUCGGUUUAACCCAACUUCUUUUUACGCGUCGCACGUCUGGGUUCUGUAACUCACGAUUAACAUACUUCCGGAUUAAUGAGACACAAUGGACAAAUAUCCGAAUAUAAUAAAGAGUCGGAAUGUUGAGUUUUCCGGAUAGGAAAGGUAGUGAUGUUUAAUAAAUGAACUUUAUUUUUUUUACAACAAUUGUGAAACAAAUUUUAUCAACUUAUAUUAAUCACUCUUGUUGGCCCGAACGGUAUCGCGCAGGGGUCAUAAUGUGGGAGGAAAUCGGAGUACUCGGAGAAAACCCAUGUGAACGGAUAGGUGACCUCAUACCUUUUCACGUCAGAUUGGGGAAUCGAACCCCGGCUAUCUUGGUUAAAAGCGAGUGCGUUAUCCAUUGCGCUACCCGACCACUCGGAAGUGAAGACAUACAUUUCCGGGUUAAUUAGUAGAAAAAAAGGUCAUAUGUAGUUUUCGCACAUAAAUAGCAAGUGUAAGUUUCCGGAAUAGAGGUUACAAGUUAAUGUUCCGGAUAAUAUAGCAAGAGGGAGUUUUUUUCGGAUUAGAGACUAUUCAGGUAUUUUUUCGGUUGAAAUAGCAAGAGUGAGUUUUCCAGACUAGAGAUAAGAAGUUAUUCUUUCCUUGCUAGAGAGUAGGUGCAUUUCAUUUUCCGGAUAGGGUUAGGUCAGAAUUGUCUAGAGUAACAUGUUUCAUCGUUCUAUAAUUGUUGACAGUAGAAAGCGAGGAAAUUUCAAAUAUGUUUUUACAAAACGGGACCAUGACUUAAAAAUGUAAACUCGCUUUUUUUCAGGUCAAAUUUCAUUUUAGUAUUUAUGUACAUAUUAGUUUAUUUAUUUUGUCUCUGGUGUGUUGUCAUCAUUAGUCGUCCUAGAUCUGUAAAUACACAUAAUUCUAAAUUAAUGCGUAUGAUUUAAACCACAACUCACACUUACGAAUAAGACAGAUAUAUGCAUAAGGAAAUAUCCUGUAUAAGGACCAUUACGACCUCCUUAGGGUAGUGUCAGGCACUUUUUAUUACAAGGACACGUACUCUCUACGACAGUUUAUUCUUAAAAUGUCUAUCGUAUGUUCAUUCUGAAUCGAAUUAGAAAUCUGGUAACUGUAGCACAGGGCGUCUUAAAUCAUUCUGGCGCUAUCAGGCAGCUACGUUUUAUAAUAACCAUACACAAAAAGAGUGGGCCGCCAUUAAUCAUGUACAACAAAAAUCACAGGAGACCUUAGCAAAGUAUCUUACCAGUCAUACAGUAACUCUGAAUACAGGACUACAUCGUGGUGUUCUUCGGAAACAGGUUGAGAUAAGCAAUGAUUUGGGAGACAGGUCACAUGCACGCGUCACCUUGCCAAAUUGCAGGUUUUAUCGAAUGUGGAAAAGUACAGGUGUAUGCCGCUAAUUAACAACACUCUCGCUGUAUUUUAUAUUAACGUCUUCACUUGGACUUGCGUUCAAAAAAAUUCGCCGUGUUUCAUCUUUGAAAUGAUUAUCAGAUACUCUAGUGUGAAAAUAGAUUUGACUGUAAUUGAUGAAAAAACUGAGUUGAUUUUAACUACAGUGUUCAACAAAAAGGGGUUUAUGAAACUCUAAUCCUCAUUUCCGGUUGAUAAGAUUGAACACACACAACACAGCAGCAGAAUUUACAAGCGACAUGGACAUCGUUUGAUACACCUCUCAUUAUGCAUAUUGUUACAUUAUCCUGUAUAUUAACUCAUUAAAUAUAUUUCUUUUAAUCCAC